AACCUCUCAAUUUUAUGCAUAUCCUUGGUCCUACCUAAAAAAGUAAAACUCCAAACGCCUCCUGCUUAUUGUUCACAUCCCUAACCCCAUUUUCAAUUUUUGUUGCCAAUUCAUGUAGCUUAUGCCAUGAGACCCUUUCCACGUCUCAACCCCAGAGUCACCAAAUUCCUCAACUUGUUAACCAAUUGCUGCUCCCCCUGUCACAUUCAUCAAAUUCAAGCCCAACUCAUCGUCCAAAACCUCCACUCAAACACCACCAUUGCCCACCACUUCAUCACUGCAUGCCAGUCUCUAGGCCUCUUGGAUUCCGCCCUCCUCCUCUUCACCCAUCACUCCAAGCCCCAUGUCUUCAUCUGCAACUCCCUCAUUAGGGCCUUCUCUCACAACCACACCCCCCACACCCCUUUCUCUAUUUACACCCACAUGCAUAGCAACUCCAUUCUUCCCAACAACUUCACCUUCCCUUUCCUUCUCAAGUCCCUGGCUGACUUUAAGGGCCUCAGUGAAGGCCAAUGCAUACAUACCCAUGUCGUGAAAUUGGGUCAGUUUGAUGAUAUUUAUGUGCAGAAUUCACUGCUCAAUGUGUACGCGUCGUGCGGUGAUAUGGGAUUAUGUAUGCGUGUGUUUGAUGAAAUGCCCCAUAGAGAUGUUGUGUCUUGGACUGUGUUGAUUACCGGGUACCGCAGUGCUGAAAGAUAUGAUGAUGCGUUGAUUGCUUUUGAACAGAUGCAGUAUGCAGGGGUGGUUCCCAAUCAUGUGACCAUGGUGAAUGCUUUAUCAGCUUGUGCUGAUUUUGGGGCGCUUGAAAUGGGUGUUUGGAUACAUGAAUUUAUAAGGAGAAGUGGUUGGGAAUUCGAUGUGAUUUUGGGGACUUCUUUGAUUGAUAUGUAUGGAAAAUGUGGGAGAAUUGAAGAGGGGUUGGUUGUUUUUAGAAGCAUGAAAGAGAAGAAUGUGUUUACUUGGAAUUCACUCAUUAAAGGGCUAGCUCUAGCAAGAAGUGGGGCGGAGGCAGUUUGGUGGUUUUAUAGAAUGGAGCAAGAGGGGAUCAAGGCAGAUGAAGUGACCUUGAUUGCAGUGCUUUGUGCUUGUAGUCACUCAGGGAUGGUGCAAAUGGGACGGCAAAUUUUUGGUUCACUGAUGAAUGGGAAGUAUGAAUUUUUUCCUGGUGUCAAACACUAUGCCUGUGUGAUUGACCUCUUAGCCCGUGCUGGGAUUCUUCAAGAGGCUAUGGAAGUGAUGACCCGAAUGCCUUUUGAGCCUAAUAAAGUUAUGUGGGGAGCAUUUCUGGCUGGCUGUAGAGCUCAUGGUGACUUGGAAUUGAGUGAAUUUGCAGCUAGAAAACUUGUGGAGUUGGAGCCAGGGAAUGGUGCUUAUUAUGUUCUUUUGUCUAACAUAUAUGCAGAGAUGGGAAGAUGGAGUGAUGUUGAGAAAGUGAGGAGGUUGAUGAAAGAGGGGGGACUUACUAAGGACUUGGGUUGUAGUUCCAUAGAACUUGAACCCCAGGAGCGUGUAUAUGAAUUAUUAGCAGAAUGAGUCUUUGCAUUUUCUUGGACACACAUGCUUGAAUGGACUGGUUGAUUACAGCCUACAGAGGGUCUCUACCAUUUGCAAAAAUGGUGCAGUUUUUAAUUUCUAGAGCCUCUGGUUGAUGGGGCGAAGCUUCCAUCCAGGACUAAUUGUUUCUGCAUCAAUCCCUCCACGGCCAGCCUGCUCGAUGUGUGCGGAAACAGGGCUUCUAUAGAGCAAAUAAGCCUGGUUCAACACCCAAAUAUCAGUUUCCUGAGUUUGAUCACAGGUUCAUCCAUCAUCCUUUCAUGGAAACAUACUUCUUUUGUCCUUCUCAAGUAGCUUGCAAAUUGUUCAUGUGAAGUCUAGGAAUCCUACUUAAAUACCCUUUAAGGACCAAGAUAUAAUUCAUGUCACAACCAGUGGUUGGAUCAUGUGGCUGAGUCAAGAUUAUUUAUGUCUGAAUGGAACAGACAAAAUGCAAGUUCUAUUAAUGCACAAUGCAUAAGCCAAGUCUCAUGAAAGCACAAAUUAUGUGUAUAUCAUGUCCCAAAUAAAAUUAUUAUUGUGUAAA